AUGAUAGAGAUACUUUAUUCAAAGACAGUCAAUGUCCUCUUGAGCAGGGAGCAAGUUGUUCGACAUUGGCUCAAGCUUGAAAUUGAGAAAAAUUUCACAGUACACGAGAAGUCCUACAGAAUACGUCUGACAGAUCCGACGGACUUUUUCUUUUUGUACACAAAGUCCAUUGCCGAAAAUGACUACAACCUGCUGAAAGCAGAACAGCAGCUGUCAAUAGACUUCCACACAUUCCCAUCAAUUUUAAUCGAGCUGAUCAACGAAACAACCGACUCAAACCCUUCAAAACGCAUCGAAGUCACAUGUCAAACUCUCCGCGCGAACUUGGCGAUCGUCGAACCUCGCAAAAUACGAAACAUAACAGAGCUCAAUUUGGAAUUAACGCCGGCUAAUGACUCCGAACAAAAAGUUUACUUGGCCUCGUCGUUAAAGCAAUUACAGACAGAGUCGGCUGAAAUGAAGCACAGAAAUGAGACGAAAAUUGACCAGCUUCAGAAGCAACUAAGCGAGACAACGCAGCGACUGGAGGACAUAAAUAAUGAAUUGGAAUCGCUCAAGAUUAGGGGCGAAGGAAAAGCUGAAGAGAUCCGGCUAGAGUAUGAAGCUAAAAUCAACGAGGAAAAGAGAAAAGCGCUCAAGGCAGAGCAGGACGCCAGGGUCGAUUUCGAUGCGAAAACAGGAUCACUGGAAAGCGCAUUUGAAGCUGAAAGACGAAGAUUCGAAGUGAAAAUUUCUGACUUGGAAAAUAUCAAGGAAGAGCUUUCCCAAAAAAAGAUCCGCGCUGAAAACACGGUGAGGGAGCAGAAGAUUAGAAUCGAUCAGCUCACGCAUGAACAGUCGAGAAUUAGCCACGAGAAUCAGAAAUCCGAACAGUACAAAAACGAGCUCGACAAAAAGGCUCAAAGCCGCGAAGAGCAGCUUUUUGCCCUGAAAAGCGAGCUGGCCGCCAAAACGUUAGAAAUCAAUGAAUUAAAGACCAACAUCAGCCGAAUGAGUUACCAAACCCGUACGGCAGAGGACCAACAAGCGUCUAAGGAUGAGAAAUUGCAGCAAAUACAGGGUCAAUGUCACAAAUUAGAGAGAGAUAACGAAGUUUUGGUCGCUGAUCUUGCCAAGGCCAAUGAAAUAAUCAGCAGAAAAAUGGAUGAGUCGAAAACAUUAAAAGAAAAAUACCGCCGAAACAGCGAAAUCAUCAAAAAACAAGAGAAGCUUCUCACUGAUAAAGACUCAGAUAUCAAGAAAUUGGCGACAAAACUCAGACAAGACAGUGAAGUAAAACAGAGAUUGGAAGCAAAACAGACUGAAAUCUCUGGCGAGCUAGAAUCAAUGAGAGAGAAGCUCGAAGCGGCGGUGAAUAAAAACUCGCAGGAUGAUAAAGUUAUACAGUACUUGUCAAGGGUUUAUACGCUUUGA